AUGGCGGCGCACGCCGGGCCCCCCCCCGAGCCGGACAUGUCGCGACAGUGGCGACAGUCGUGGCCUCGCCUCGAUCCCGACAGCUCCGAGUAUUUCCAGAGGGCCCUGGAGACGCUCGAGGAGGGGCUGAGCGAGGAGGAGCUCGCCCCCAUUUCUUCAUGUCUAACCCCCAUUUUACCAUCUCUAACCCCCAUUUUUUCGUACCUAACCCCCAUUUUCUCACUCCUAACUCCCAUUUCUUUGUGUCUAACCCCCAUUUUUCCUCUUGUAACCCCAUUUUUGGGUUUGCUGGGCGGCAGCAGGGACGCAGUCCCUCCCCCCAAGGGGGCGGAGCCAAAGACAAAGAAGGAGGGGCUAAAGGAAAAGGAGGCGUGGUCACUGCCAAAGGGGGCGGAGCUUCCGGCCUCGUUCCGCCCCCUGCUGGAGGAGCUGGCCCAGGGGCUGGAGCAGCAAAUUCCAGAGCUGCUGACCCCGCCCUGCGCCAGCCUCUGCCUGCAGGGGGCGCUGUCAGCCCUGCACCGCAGCCAAUCGCCUUCCUGCGCCCGCCUCUGCCGCGCCCUGAUUGGCUGCCUCAGCCAGGACAGCCCCGCCCACGACCAGAGCCCUCUGCUGACGUCACUGCAGGACCCCGCCCGCUCCCGCCUCCUGGAGGCGGCCAUGACGGUCCUGGACCCCCCGGGGCUCCGCGAGCUCUUCCGGGGUCACCUGCGGGGUCACCUGAGGGGCGUGGCCUGCCACCGCGUGGCCAAUCACGGCCUGCAGCGCCUCCUGGACCACGCCCCCGAGGACGUGGCGCAGGAGGUGCUGUCGGAGCUGGGCCCCGCCCUGCAGGAGCCGCUGGCGCGGGGUCACGCCGGGGUGGUGCUGGCGCUGCUGGGGGCGGCCCUGAGGCACCCGCGGCUGCAGGGGGAGACCCUGCGCCACCUCUUCCAGGCCCUGGGCUGCUGGGCCCCGCCCCUCCACCCCCAUUGCGUCACCGCCCUGGCCCAGCUCCGCCCCCUGGAGGGCGGGGACAGCGAGGAGGGGGCGGAGCCUCAGCCCCCCCGGCUGUCCCCGUGGGGGUCCCGGGCGCUGCAGCUGCUGCUGCACUUCGGGGACCCCUCCCCAGUGCUGGGGGCGCUGGGGGCGCUGCCCCCCCCGGCGCUGCCCGCGCUGGCCCGCAGCCCCCCGGGCAGCCGCCUCUGGGACGCCCUCCUGGGGUCCCCCCGCGUCCCCAAAGCCGCCAAGAAACGGCUCCUCAAGAGGCUCAAGCCCCCCGGCAGCCGCCCCUGGGACCCCCCUGGGGUCCCCAAACGUCCCCAAAGCCGCCAAGAAACGGCUCCUCAAGAGGCUCAAG